UCAAAGAAUUAGAGUGAAUCAAACAUAUAUUUCAUCCAUUAUUGUAAGCAACAAACGACAUUUCUGGCCAAAAAUUCAUUACUUCUAUAUAGUACAGUUAUUCCAGUUAAUUACAAAUUAAAAGAAAAUAUCAAUAAAGCUAUCAAAACUACAGCUAAUAUAAAAGGACUCAGUAUUGCAAGAGCUUUAAAAACUGCAUAGCAAAAGAAAUAGAUAAGCUUUUUGGCUCAGCUGAAGUUCAUAUCCUAGCAAUGGCUACAGUGUUAGACCCAAGGUUUAAAAAAAUGUUUUUCCGAGACCCAAGAAGCUGCACGAAAGCUGUUGAGUUCAUUAGUGCAGAGAUAUACGAAAUUACAUUUAAUCUGCAGUAACAAGCAAGAAUGGGUGAACCUACCACUAGUACAAGCGACUCCGAAUUAAGUGUUAAUCUGUGGGCCCUCCAUGAAAGAUUAGUGGCACAAACAGCAGUGGAUUAUGACGUGCAUUUAAGCAAAAUGACCCGAUAUUUGCGAUCACCAUUGAUGCCGUUAAAUACAAACCCAUUGGAGUGGUGGAAAACUCAGAAAAACACUUAUCCAAAAUUAUCAAAAGCCGCUAAUGUAUAUUUAUCGACAGUGGCUACUUCUGUUCCUGCAGACAGGUUAUUUUUUAAGGCAGGACAGACGAUUACGGACCGCAGAAAUAGGAUUUCGGCCAAGAAAUUAAACAAAAUUUUAUUUAUGCAGUCCAUAGAUAAAGUUUAUUGGCAAAAUAUUUAG